AUGGCCGGUAAAUUUGCCGUCAAGUCUUUGGACCAUCUAGUCCUCACGGUCCGGAACAUUCCCAAGACCGUGGCCUGGUAUACGAACUACCUCGGCAUGCGGCACGAAGUGUUUACAUCGCCAACGAACCAGUCCGUUCAAAGACAUGCCCUUAUUUUUGGUUCUCAGAAAAUUAAUCUCCACCAAUCGGGCAAAGAAUUCGAGCCCAAGGCUCAAGACGUUCAACCAGGAAGUGCGGACUUGUGCUUUUUGACUGAUCAAGACGUGGAAAAAGUUUUGGAAGCCUUUCAAGAAGCUAGAGUUGAGGUUCUGGAAGGCGCUCAAGUUGUAGAGAGAACCGGAGCUGUUGGGAAAAUCCGAAGCGUAUAUGUGAGAGACCCUGAUGGGAAUCUCAUUGAGGUUUCGAACUAUGUAUGA